AGACCAUACUCGUAUAACUCUUCUUUACUUAUGCCCUCUUCUCUUUCUCUCUCCUCAAUUUCUCUGCCCCUCCUCUCAAAUUAGGGGGUGACCCACACCACCCCCCCAAUGUCUCCACCCAAAAACCACCCUCGUCGGCCGUCAGCGCCGCUGUUAAAGCAGAAAUCAUGGUCGCCGGAUUCUUACCGUGAGGAGCUGUGGCUACGCCGUAAAGAACAAAGUGGUCCUCGCCGAAGCAAGAGUCUUACCGAUGAAGAUUUCGACGAGCUUAAAGCCUGUUUCGAACUCGGAUUCGGGUUUAACCCGCCUGAAUUGGGACCCGAUCAAAGAUUAUCCGACACUCUCCCUGCUUUAGGUUUUUACUUGGCCGUUAACAAGAGCUAUAACGACACCGUUUUGAAGUCUAACAAGUCGUCUUCUUCGUCGUUGUCGUUACUGGGGACUGCUUCUUCGUCGGAAAGUGAUUUGUCUCUUUCUUCCCCCGUCGGAAGCCCUCUCUCCAUAAUUUGCCCAGGUGAUGAUCCAAAGACAAUUAAGACAAGGUUGAGACAUUGGGCACAGGCAGUUGCCUGUUCAGUGAAGCAAUGGUGAUUAAUCGCGUAUACAUCUGAUCCAUAAGCUUAAACAAACUAUUACAGGGGUUAACUAGCUUGAACAUAACCAAGGACUAAUAGCUUUUCUUUACCAAAAUUAACCCAAAACAUCCUUGAACUAAUUUACUUUAAUUACAUUUUAACAAUGUUGUUAUAUGUUAAUCUCAUUUCUCACCUUCUCUUUUAUAGCGAAAAUACCAUAGUUAGCUGAUAUAUAAUAUAUGUCGUUGCACUCAAUGUGACCCCAACUUUGGUUUAAUUUGAUUAAUUUUACUUGGGUUUUGAUUCA